AUGAGGUUUUCCCCGGACAGCCUGGGGCUGGUGGCCAGCUCGGCGCUGGCCUGGCUGCUGCUGGAGGUGCUGAGCGUCCUGCUGAGCCUCUACCUGGUCACCGUCAGCACCGACCUCACCCCCAUCGACCUCCUGGCCUUCGCCGGCUACAAAUACGUGGGGAUGAUUGUGGGGCUGCUGGCCGGGCUGCUGCUGGGCAGGGCCGGGUACUACGCGGCGCUGAGCUGGUGCUGCCUCAGCAUCUUCAUCUUCAUGAUCCGGACGCUGAGGCUGAAGCUGCUCUGGGAUGCCUCAACCGAGGGGGUUUAGGGGCAGAUUUUGGGUGUCUUUAAUGGGAUUUUUGUGGGAAUUUUGGGAUUUGAGGACCUGGAAAACCUUAAUUCCAACAUUCCAAAUCCGGAAUUUCCCGGAAUUCCCGCAGAUCCGGAGGCUGAGGCUGAAGCUGCUCUGGGAUGCCUCAACCGAGGGGGUUUAGGGAUCCGGACGCUGAGGCUGAAGCUGCUGUCCGAGGCGGCGGCCGAGGGCGUUUAUGGGCUGAUUUUGAGUAUUUUAAAUGGGAUUUUUGUGGGAAUUUUGGGAUUUUAG